ACGAGGGCUGUGUAUGGAGAAGAGCAGCCAGUCGCAGGCAGCCACAGAAAGAUCCACAAUUUUUUUUUCCUCAUUCCACUUCCACUUUUCCGAUAUAGAAAACGAUCUCCAGACCAGGCGUUCGAUCGCGCUUCUGUUCCUCCCGCCUGACGACUCUCUCUCACACACACUUCCAGGAUGGCAACCAUCACCUGCACACGCUUUACUGAGGAAUACCAGCUGUUUGAGGAACUGGGAAAGGGAGCCUUUUCUGUGGUGCGGAGAUGUGUGAAAGUUCUCUCAGGGCAAGAGUACGCGGCUAAGAUCAUCAACACAAAGAAGCUGUCGACUCGCGAUCACCAGAAGCUGGACAGGGAGGCUAGGAUCUGCAGACUGCUGAAACACUCCAAUAUCGUGCGACUGCAUGACAGCAUCUCGGAGGAAGGCCACCAUUACCUCAUCUUCGACUUAGUAACGGGUGGUGAGCUGUUUGAAGACAUUGUUGCCAGGGAAUAUUACAGCGAAGCAGAUGCCAGCCACUGCAUACAGCAGAUUUUGGAGGCAGUUCUUCAUUGCCAUCAGAUGGGUGUCGUUCACAGAGACUUAAAGCCAGAGAACCUGCUUCUGGCUUCCAAAUCAAAAGGCGCAGCUGUGAAGUUAGCAGACUUCGGCCUUGCCAUUGAGGUCGAAGGGGAACAACAGGCCUGGUUUGGGUUUGCUGGCACUCCUGGUUACCUGUCCCCUGAAGUCUUACGGAAGGACCCCUAUGGAAAAGCUGUGGACCUGUGGGCAUGUGGUGUGAUUCUCUACAUUCUCCUGGUUGGAUACCCACCCUUUUGGGAUGAAGACCAACAUAGACUCUAUCAGCAAAUUAAAGCUGGCGCAUAUGACUUUCCUUCACCUGAGUGGGACACGGUCACUCCUGAGGCAAAAGAUCUUAUUAAUAAGAUGCUGACCAUCAACCCAGCUAAGCGCAUCACCGCUGCGGAGGUGCUCAAGCACCCGUGGAUCUCACAUCGCUCCACUGUUGCAUCUUGCAUGCAUAGACAGGAGACUGUUGAAUGUUUGAAAAAGUUCAAUGCCAGAAGGAAGCUUAAGGGAGCUAUUCUCACUACUAUGCUGGCCACCAGAAACUUCUCAGGAGGAAAGAGUGGCGUCAGCAAGAAGACAGAUGGUGUGAAGAAAAGGAAGUCCAGUUCCAGCACCCAGCUGAUGGAAUCAUCAGAGAGUACCAACACCACAAUUGAAGAUGAGGAUACUAGAGUGAGGAAGCAAGAGAUCAUCAAAGUAACUGAGCAACUCAUUGAAGCCAUCAGCAAUGGAGACUUUGAGAAUUACACGAAGAUGUGUGACCCCAGCGUGACCGCGUUUGAGCCCGAGGCCCUGGGGAACCUGGUCGAGGGCCUGGACUUCCACCGCUUCUACUUUGAAAACUUGUGGUCCAAGAACAGCAAACCGGUUCACACCACCAUCCUCAACCCUCACAUCCACCUGAUUGGAGAAGACGCCGCCUGCAUCGCCUACAUCCGCAUCACGCAGUAUCUCGACACGAACGGGAUGCCGUGCACCGCCCAGUCAGAGGAGACGCGGAUCUGGCACCGUAAAGACGGCAAGUGGCAGAUAGUGCAUUUCCAUCGCUCAGGCUCUCCGUCUGCCAUCACUAAAUAAGAGUCAGUUGAACACAUCACAGUUGCAGGAUCACUCGAGGAUGUACAAGCUCCGAGCUUCUCAUCUUUUCCUUGAACUUCAUUGGCUUUAGUGUCAUCACAUUCACAUCAGCAUUUACUCCUCAUUGCUCAGAACACUUCUUUAUGGAUAAACUAUGAUGAAGCCACUUUGUGCUGUGUGGUGUUCAUUUUUUCAGUAGUUUGGGUAUGUUUACAAAAUUAGCCACCAUGUUUCCACCAUAAGUGUGCUUGGACAAAGGACAAGGAUGGAGCAAGCACUGCAUUCCAGAAGAGGAUUUUAUAAAAAAAGGACACGGGUAUCUAUAUACUCUUUUUAAUCGGUAAACAUUUAGACAUUCGUUUUUCAAUCUCUCUCUCUCUUUAAUUUGCUGUUAAACAAAAAAUUUAGAUAUUUGAAACUCCACACGUGUAAGAAUAUUGUAAUGAGUUUUCAUGUGAAUAUCAAUGAACGGCUUGUUCUCCAAAUCACGCACAUCGAACAACAGUGAAUUUCGGUAUACGUUUAGCCAUGGAAAUCAAAGCUGCAUCGAUGACGGCGCAAAAAAAAAGAAGAAGAAACGACGCGCGCUGCAAGAACGGACAGAUGGAGAGAGCUCGCCGACCCGAGCCGCAGUGCAUUGUGGGGCUACAGUUUCUGCAUGCCAGACCUUUUUUCUUUUCCUUGAUAACGUUCUUCCAGUAGAGCUGGUGUAUUUGUUCUUCCUUUUGUAUUUUAGGAUUCAGGGAUUUUUUCUUUUAACAACAAAAGAAAGUCUCUUGAAGUCAUAAAAGCUCUUAAGGGUGCAUUCGAUGUCUAGGUUUAACGUCUAUUCAAAAUUCAAUGGGGGCAUGUUGUGUGUGUGUGUGAGAGAGAGAGGGAACAGAGAGGGAAGUGCUCAUCUACUGAUAUUGUUGUUAAAAACACUUGACAACAGAAGGUGUUAAUCACUCACAAAUGUGCUUUCAUAUUUAUUAACAAGUACAAUGGAGUCACAGUUAUUAAAGGAUUCAAGGAAUAAGGUGGACAUAGUGAUGCUCAACGACUUAUAGCGUUUUAACUUGUUGAUAUUGUAUUCAGACUAUUGGAGUAUUGAAUAUCUGCUAUUCAACUUAGUCUUUCUGUCUUAUCUAAAAAUUUGUAAGCUAUAUUAACACAUUUGGCAUCUUACAUGCACAGAUUAAUAUAUGUUUAGAGUUAUUAAACCAUUUACGUUUUACUAGUAGUAUGAGCUGAUUAGUCAGGUUUGUCAAAUAUUGCUUAGUAUUUAUUUUGUAACACAAGAAUGUUAAUGUGAUGACUGUAUGCAUGAUUCUUUUGUUAUUUGAUCUAGAUUUGGCCAUGGCUGUAUAAAAGCGCUAUUCAUAAGGCUGACAUAACUCCAUAAACAGAAAACACUUCUUUAGUUAAAUCUAAAACACAUUUAGGAUACUUGUUGCAUAUCCGACUAAGUUCGCUCGUAAUAUAUACGAACGAUUCAAUUAUUAUUAAAGUUUCUCAAUGAUUCCCUCUUUAUUUACCUAAAAGAAAAUAUUAAAUAAAUUAAAAUGCAUGGAAAACCACGGCUCAUUGUUCGCCGUCUUCUCUAAUGUUUCAGCACAGUUUAUGAAAGGCAUAUCAGCAUCUUUUGAUAGUUUUUGACGUAUAUACUGUGUUUUGUUGAGGCAUGCUGUUUCUAUUGUCAAAAGUGGGUGGGUACGAUGAUUGUUUUCGGAGUAAAAUGUACUUUUUGCAGUUUGGCUCUAAUGCAACCGGGCUUAUAAAUAAAAGUGCUUUACAAAGUGU